UUAAUUACCUGGACCAAAGGCCUCUCUCCUUUCUCCUGAUAGCCAUAGCAGCUCUAUCUGGCCAUUAGACCUUUUUUUUUCCCCUGUACACAGGCCACCACGGAGGUGUCAAGGCAGCUGUGGAAGCAGAUCCCUGAGGAACCUUGAAAUGUUGAUCAUCUGGUGGUUCUGGUCUCUGCUGGCCAUCUGUGCUUCUGACUCCUUCCGGAACCAGGCGGAGAACAUCAUGAGAACCACACCGGUCAUUGACGGGCACAACGACUUGCCUUGGCAAAUGCUCACUCUGUUCAACAAUCAGCUCCGGAAAUCAGAGGCCAACCUGAGCGCGCUAGCGGAAACACACACCAACAUCCCCAAGCUGAGGGCUGGCUUCGUGGGAGGCCAGUUCUGGUCCGCAUACAUGCCUUGCGGCACCCAAAACAAAGAUGCCGUGAAAAGAAUAUUGGAACAGAUUGAUGUCAUACACCGCAUGUGCCAGCUCUAUCCUGAGACCUUCGAAUGUGUCACCAAUAGUUCAGACAUCCUACCGGCGUUUCGGAGGGGGAAAGUGGCCAGUCUGAUUGGCGUGGAAGGUGGCCACUUGAUUGACAGCAGCCUGGGUGUUCUUCGGACACUCUACCAUCUGGGCAUGCGGUACCUGACCCUUACCCACAACUGCAACACACCCUGGGCCGACAAUUGGCUAGUGGACAAAGGAGACGACGAGGCUGAGAGCCAAGGACUGUCGCCCUUUGGGAAGCUUGUGCUGAAUGAGAUGAACCGUCUGGGUGUCAUGAUUGACUUGUCCCACGUGUCUGUGGCCACCAUGAAGGACGCUUUGCAGCUAUCCAAGGCACCGGUAAUCUUCAGCCACUCCUCUGCCUACAGCGUGUGUCCACACAGGCGGAAUGUGCCUGACGAUGUGCUGCAGCUGGUGAAGAGCACAAACAGUUUGGUGAUGGUGAACUUCUAUAACCAGUUCGUGUCCUGCUCAGACAGCGCCACCUUGUCCCAAGUGGCUGACCACCUGGAUCACAUCAAGACGGUGGCAGGCGCAGGGGCUGUGGGCCUUGGAGGAGAUUAUGAUGGUGUUACCAACCUUCCUGUGGGACUGGAGGAUGUCUCUAAGUACCCAGACCUGAUAGCGGAGCUUCUCAGGAGGAACUGGACAGAGACCGAGGUCAGAGGGCUGCUGGCUGAAAACCUGCUUCGGGUCUUCUCUGCCGUGGAACUGGUAAGCAACAUCAUGCAAGUUCCUGAGGAAGAGACUAUCCCCGUGGAGAAGCUGGAUGGCUCCUGCAGGACAUUCUAUGGCCACUCAAGGGCCCCCAGCAUCCACUUGCAGAUAGGGGCCCUGUUGGCCUCUCUGGCUUCCCUGGUCUUCAGUCUGCAUCUUCUGUGACAUCCCAAGGACCAGAACCUCCUCCAGUGCUCUCCGAGCUCAGGAAGACUGAGCAGGCCUAGAGACCCUGCUGUCCAUGCCAAACCACGCCCUUUCCUGAAGAAGCAGUGGGCUUACCUGGGGACAGCUCAAGACACAGGCACGCAAUAAACACAAUGUCCUUUAAGUGCCAAGUAGGCAUCUCAGCCCUGGAAGGUUCGUCUGAGCAUGGAGAGAGCAGAUUUUGUGAGAACAGCUCUGGGUCAAAAGGACACGGGAGCACCUGAGUUCUUGGAGGGGAGGACUAGAAGGAACCCAGAGGUCUGCAGAGGGUCUCAUGUGAGCAGUGACUAGUUUGAAAUGUCAUGGUUCAUGUUCCAGUGGCUACCUUCCCCCCAUUGCUGUGCAUGUACCACAUGCACACAAUCCCCUCGCCCCUACACACAUGUACUUACGUGCACACAGCCACAAACGAAGACACUCAGAUGCACAUCUAUAUCACACACAGGCGCAUGCACUCUGCUGACACAUACCGUAGGAGAGUCACACAUAUCUACCUGGGUUCUGUAGUGCUGGGAAGGGACCCAGGUAAUCUGAAUUUGGUCUAGUCUUGGAAGGUAGGCUCCAGGUAGGAUGGGUGCCUGCACUCACAGGGGUAUCCCACACAGCUAACAGCAGGUUUUUCCAGAUUCACAAGGCAGAGGCUGUCUUCUGUGUGUUACCUAGCACGGUUGGCAGUGUGAAACAGGGUGCCAGGCCUUCCAGUGAGGACAUUCAAGGAUGAGUCUUGUGAAUAAACUUGUGAGGGACAGCGCGAAGCAGCUUCCCUGAAUGGC